GCACCUCGGAUACUUCCAACACGGCGCUCCCCCGUCAGUUUGUUUUCACUCCGAGUGGCUCGGAUUUCGCCCCGCGCUCACGUGUCUUAUCACCGCACUUGUCGUCCCGCUUGUUCUCGUUCCCGUCAACUUUUCGGCAGUGUCGUGUGUUUAUGCUUUCGCCAAAAAACGGAUACUAAGGAUACUUUCCUCUCGAGGUCAAUCCCUUAAACUCGAUUCAUGAGUACCUUCCUAACGACUCAGACCCAUCAUCCUAUUCGAAAAGAUGAGGUGGUUGCAGUUUCUACUCAUACUUGUCUGGACGACUUACAUAGCGCCUCAGAACCAUUCAGUUAGGAAGCGGGCAACGGCAGAUAGCGAGAAGAAAGUAGUAUGUUACUACACCAACUGGAGCGUUUACCGGCCCGGUACCGCCAAGUUCACUCCACAAAAUAUUAAUCCAUACCUGUGCACUCAUCUUAUAUACGCCUUCGGUGGUUUAGACAGGGAGAAUGGACUCAGACCCUACGAUAAAUACCAAGACAUAGAGCAAGGUGGAUAUGCUAAAUUCACCGGUCUCAAAACAUUCAAUAAGAAAUUGAAAACACUUCUGGCCAUCGGUGGUUGGAAUGAGGGAAGUGCAAGGUUUUCACCUCUUGUUGCUGAUGAGGAAAGGAGGAGAGAAUUCGUCAAGAACGUCGUUAAAUUUUUGCGAGUGAAUCAUUUUGAUGGACUCGAUCUGGACUGGGAGUAUCCGUCAUUCCGCGAUGGAGGAAAGCCCAAAGACAGGGAAAACUAUGCGUCCCUUGUUCAAGAACUCCGAGAGGAAUUCGAUAAUGAAUCGGCGAAAACCGGUCGACCACGUCUUUUACUCACAAUGGCCGUUCCUGCGGGUAUUGAAUACAUCAACAAAGGCUACGAUGUAGAAAAAUUAAAUAGAUAUUUAGACUUCAUGAACAUCUUAAGCUACGACUACCACUCUGCAUUUGAACCUGCUGUUAACCAUCACUCUCCUUUGUAUCCUUUGGAAGAGGAGUCUGAGUACAAUUUUGACGCUCAAUUAAGCAUAGACUACACAAUCAAACAUUACUUAAAGUUGGGUGCUGAUAGAGAGAAGUUAGUUCUCGGGAUCCCCACUUACGGAAGGUCUUACACUUUAUUCAACAAAGAUGCAAAUCAGUUAGGAGCUCCUGCAGACGGGCCCGGCGAACAAGGAGAGGCCACUCGAGAGAAGGGAUAUCUAGCGUACUAUGAGAUUUGCAACGGGUUGAAGGAGGACUCGGGCUGGAAACUAGAGCAACCUAAACCCGAAGCUAUGGGACCAUAUGCUUACAAAGGAAAUCAGUGGGUCGGAUACGAUGACGAAGAUAUCGUAAAAUUGAAGGCUCAAUACGUGAAUGAAAAAGGUUUAGGUGGGAUCAUGUUUUGGUCAAUUGAUAAUGACGAUUUCCGCGGUCAGUGCCACAGCCGCCCGUAUCCGUUGAUUGAGGCCGGCAAAGAAGCCUUGUACGGCUCUGCUGGGCCAUCAAAUAAUUUGAUCUCAUCCUUCGAAUCAAAACAAGCCACUCAAGCGCCAUCGACGACCCGAAAAACGAAGCCCAGGCCAAAACUUACAUCAACUCGAACUACUGCAAUCGCAAAAACUACCACUCCUAGUCCCCAGACAACUCCUGAGCCACCGACUACCCCUGACCCGGGCAGUGACUUCAAAUGUAAAGAUGAAGGAUUCUUCCCUCAUCCUCGAGAUUGUAAAAAGUACUUCUGGUGUUUGGACAGCGGGCCGUCUAACCUUGGAAUCGUUGCACAUCAGUUUACUUGCCCAUCAGGUUUAUUCUUCAACAAAGCGGCUGAUUCUUGUGAUUACACACGUAAUGUGUUGUGUAACAAAAAGUCAUCUUCCACUGAGAAAACUACGAGUGCAGCGAGCAAAGUCACAACCGCUCCUUCGAAAAUAACUGGCAGCCGACUGACGACCACAGUCACCACCACCACCACUACAACCACAAAAGCUCCUCCAGUCGAGGAGAUCGAGGAGGAGGAGGAAUAUGCAGACAGUGCAGAAGAAGAUCCCAAAGCUAUUAAGCAGUUGAUUUCCUUGAUUAAAAAAUUAGGAGGUGUUGCAGAGUUAGAGAAGCAAUUGAAUCUGGAGAGUGGCCAUAAUUCAGAUGUUACAACUCCUGCCAUUAGUCGAACUUUGUACAACAAAGUCCUCAACACAGCUACCCCAAGGUAUCAGUCAAAAUUUAGAAACGGUCCAGGACCACAAAAUGAGGGUUUGAAACCCGAUCUGAGCGCUGCGAGUCGAAAAGAAAAACCCCAGUAUGUGACCAUCAGACGAGAAAGACCAUCAACCGAGGAGCCACUCGACAACGAGGAUGAAGAGACCGAGGUAGAGGCACAAAGCCCACAAUACAAAACUAUCGAAAGGUCAAAAAUUGUCGACGACGCCUCGGAGGAGCCAGAGGAAGUGCAGGAAGUCCAGACUCCGAAAUAUUCCAGCAUAUUUCGAAAUCGCAGUCCACCCUCAAAAGAGUCGAAACCGACCUACGUCACCCUUCAAAGGAACCGGAAUACGCAAGUUGCUCCAAGUCCAGUGGAAGAACAAAUAGACGAGGGCCCUGUCCUUGAGUCGACUUCUCCGUCUGCUACUCCAAAGUACGUGACACUGCGUCGACAGAGGCCCCAGUUGUUGGAUCCGGCGUCUGACGACCAAGGCGAGACUCCGGAUAAAAAAAGCAAGUACGAAGUCAGCUCUACGACGACUGACGUGACGGACUCCACUAGCACGAUAAAGCCAAGAGUGAAGGUGAGUGACCCUUCCAGUACAAUGGAGGUAAUUAUUGUAACACCCGAACCAGUUACACCUUCGAGGCUCCCGCCACCAUUAAAGGCUACGCUACCUCCGACAAGCACUUCACCCUCCCUCCCGACGAGCACCACUCCGACCGCAGCCACCACCCCUUCCAACUUCUUCGUACCAUCCACGAGCACAAGAGUCGUCACCACCAUCGUCCAAGCGGCCACCGAAAGACAGGUCGUCCCGGUGAACAAACUGGAGUACUUCUUGGCCAAACACUCUUCCGGCAUCAGGAACCUGCCCAUCAACUCGGAGAUCAUCCACAACGAUGUCCAAAAACUCGACGCCGAGAUCAUAAACAAGCUGAAAAAGUCGCAACCAUCGCACAGGCCGAGCUUCAACGAAAGUAAACCCUCCGAGGGAACUAAAUACAACGGCAUAAAUUUCAAGAGAUACAACAGUCCGGCUAACCGUACCAAACUGGCUGCAAAAUCACCGACGGACUCGACUGAGAGGGAUGCUUUGUUCACGCCUUCGCCGUUCAGAAAAUCGCACAACACCACACAUUUUGAUAACUUCUUGAAGAUGAGACAUAACUCCAGGUAUUUAUCCCUCAACGGCACAACACCUGAGCCCACUGCGGAAACUGCAAGAAAAUUCGUACCAUCCCGCUCUAGGGUAUUCAAGACGACGCCGAUCCCAGCAGAGGACACUUCAGAAUACGGCGAUUCGUCGACUAGGAGGAGGACUACACCGAUCAGCCCGACGUCUACCACCAUCGCGGAUAUAAAGAAGCGCAGAGUGCUGCUCCGAGGGAAACCAAACAGCCCCGAGCUCAUCACCCUACCCACGUCUCUGGAACCAAGGAGUUCCACUCUCCCUCAGGAUCUUCAAACCCAACCGGGGAUCCACAAUUUCCAAUCGAGCGUCGCCUAUUCGAAGCAAGAGAAAAUCAUAGCCGACGAUAAAGAGGGAAAGAUCGAACUCAACGAGGGCAGAAAUUCUCUUCUCUACGACGACAAAAAAUCAUCGACCACGGAUGGUGAAAAUAAAAUCCCCGCCACCCCGGAAUAUGAGUACGUUACUCGAUCGAUCAAGCCGAAGAACUUGAACGACUUUAGUAGAGCACUUGACCCCUACACUAGUCCUUACACCUCUACGCUGGAGGUUACGACUUUCAAACCUCCUCAGAGGGGAAAAAUCCGCGCUCAAGAUUACUUGCAAAAACUCGCCGACGAGUUGGGGACGGAGGUGGAGGAAAACCAAGGCGAGCUCAAAACAGUGUAUUUUGACAAAGACUUUUACGAAGGGAGCUCUAAACCCUCGAUUGAACGGUACAGCCAUGAGUCUCCGCAGCUCAGUAAAGUCAAAAACGCUGCACUCUACUCUACCUCGAGUCCUGUGACCAGGCGCACCAACCCCGAAGAGAACCUUGAUAACGGUAGAAUUAAUUCUAACGUAGAGAAUGAAAAGGGUAAAGUCUAUCGGGGCUCGGUGCGGGCUCACCACUUGCUCCAAGAAGACCAGAAUAUCGAGGAGGAAUACAUCCAAGCAACCACCAAACGUGGUAGCCACUAUGCCAAGGCUUACAGUUCUGGAGCGUCCUCGACUAGGAAGCCGUAUGCCCAAAUCUCUAGAGAUUAUGCCUCGCAAGAAAGUAAUAUCGACAGCGUUGUAAGCACGGAUGCAGUUCGUCAAUCGAAGGAGCAGAAAGAAAGUGAUCGUAAGAUCGUUACUUUGAGGGGAAAGAUUCGCUACGCAACGGAUGAAGAGAAGCCGAAGAAGGCUCGCGGCAAUGUCAUCCAUGCGGAGUAUUUCGAAAACCAAAGGUUCUCGUUCCAACCGACUUCCGAGCCUCCACCGCGACCGAGCCUGGCGUAUCGCGGGGAGGUUAGGGAGGCUCCUAACAACUACCUCCUGACCAACCUCAACAACGGACAGCUGAUUCAUCUCCAGGCGCCUCUGCUGGCCCACUCCUUAUUGGCGGACGAGAAAUUUUUCGAAGACAGUCAGUCCAUUUUGAAUGAGAACAUCGACGACUCGCCAGUCCUGAUUCAGAGCCGCGAGAUCAGCUCCCAUCAUUACGAGAGGCAAACGAGUGACAAAUCCGAGCUUGGAAAUGAUAAUAAGAUCCUGGCUGAGUCGACACCGAACUCGGGGAACGAGAUUCCAACAAUAAGGAACAGGACUCAAUUUAGGCGACCAAAUUCAUCCAUUUUGCGCACGAGAUCAACGGUAAGGCCUACAACGGAGGCUCAAGAAUCGACAACGGAUUUCACGAGAGCUCCCGCUAACAAAUUUUUCAGAAGACGAAAAAUUCAGCCUGAAAUCCAAUCGUCAAUACAGCCACAGUCAACCACGCCAAAAGGUGCAGAAUCAAUCCAUAAUGAAGAAACAAGCACAAUCCGAGGGCGAAAGAUCGAGUUCCCCCGCCGCGUGACGAGCAAACCGACGAACCCCGAACGGAGCGUCCCCGAAUCGGCGACGAUCCAGUUCACCAAUUCGUCCAUCGACUACGAAGACACGCAGGCCGACGGCGGGUCCGUGAGCAACCGGAUCGGCUCGCUGGAGGACCGAGCCCAGGUGGACAAGAUCUCCGACCUGGCCAACGUGGCCGUGGUGGCCAUCCACAACCUGGCCACGGUCGGGCCUCGGAUCCCGGCCGUGCUGACGACGAAAAUCGAGAAGGUGCCUGUGCGUCAACUCAUCGUCACCCAGUCGCCCGUCACGCAACCACCCAUCGUCGUCGCCCCCGUGAAGAAGUACACGCACCGCGGGAAUAUCAAACCGUAUCUUCGGAUCACGACGCCAGCGCCAGCGUCUAUCCCCGCUGCGGCGCCUCCGUUCAAGCUGCAGGACCCUCUCUUCGACUACGACUCGGAGUACUACGCAGAGCCCGUCGACGUGCCAUUGAGCGGGAAGGUCCGCAUACAUAACGACGGGUACAUCGAGUGUCUCGACGUGGGCAACUUUCCGCAUCCCUUCUCCUGCCGCAAGUUCAUCUCCUGCGCCAAGAUGGAGAACGACAACCUCCUCGGCUGGGAGUACACCUGCCCGCGCGGCCUCUCUUUCGACCCCAUCGGCGGCAUGUGCAACUGGUCCGCGGGACUCGGUUGCAAAGAGUGAAACUAGUCUUUUGUUAAUUCUCCUUUUGUUUCUCUUCGUCUCCAGAUUAAGUUCGAGUGCCUUUGUCGAGAGAGUACGGACACUGAACACUGAAAAAAAUGACAUGCUGUUUUGGCAUCUACGAUGUCAAAAAUGUGUCUGGUGAUCCUGAGAUGCCGCCUUGAUUGCCCACGCAGUUGAAUUUGCAUUCACAGGAUGUAGAGUUAACUGCGGGGGCAGUAAAAAUAGCAUCUUGGGAUCACCGGACACAUUUUUGACAUCCCAGAUGCUAAAACGGUAUUUUUUUCAGUGAAGGAACCGACUCUGAUUGGCUCAGCCACUUUACGAAUCAUGUAGUGGCGUUGUGUGAUUUGCGAUGUAUCGAUUGAUCUGCCAUUUAAAUCUAUGGAAAAGGAUCGAUUAACGCGGUGUUCGCAACGGACACCUUGAUAAUCGAUUUUUUACCACAGCUUCAAAUGGAGAGAUAUCAUUUGGACUACAUUAUGCAAUUUGGAGCUAUAAAUUCUGGCCCAGUAUAAAAACAACGUAUGUGCCAUUAGUUUCCCUAUGCACAUAAGUGUUUUUUUUUUUCAGUUGAGCCAGAAUUUAUAGUUCCAAAUUGCACAAUCCAGUCCAACUAUCGAUCAUUCACGCCUCGCCACUGGCCUCAUGGAGCUCGCAGGAUAAGAAAAAUGGCGGAACGUCACUAACUGACGAUUUGACGAUUCAAAAGUGCAGGGCAUUAAAUUGUAUUUGCUUGUAUCGCCAUGAACUUGGCUCAAAUCACACAGUGGCGUAUUCCAUCAAUUUUGAAACCAAUUUUGAGCAUUAAAGUUAGAAGAAAAAUUCAACUUGAGCCUUUACUAUACCAAGUUAUAGCAGGUUAUAAACUUCAAAGAUUGACAACAACCCCCUUUUGCCCGCUUCCACGUAGAAUCGCCGCCAUUUUCGUUUUAUUCUAAGGGUCUUCAUGAGACCCAUUGUGUUUAAACUCUCUCUAUGUAGGCACUCUAUUUUAAGUAAGCUUUUCAACUCUGCCACCGGCUGUAAUGAUUGUUCAACCGAUCCCAAGAACACCUCACGGAGGGAAAUGUGGAAAAGUCUCCGACUAUUGUUCGCUCGCUGACGUUUGUUUUUCAUACUGAAGAGCACUCGUUAUGACUUUUUCCCCAUGCAGUUUAUUCGUGUGACGAAAGCUUGACGUUUAGAUGGCUAAAAUCUCUGGUAUGCAUAUAUACCUGAAUUCGUAGAGAAUCCUGCGGUAAAGUUGCCACUAGAAAAAAAUUUCAGUCCAAAGAAGCUUUUGCUGGCCCCUCUGAAAAACGGUAAGGCAUGCGCAUCUAAGCAGAACGGAAUUGCACUGCUAGCUCAAGCGUUUUAGAUAUUCUAGCCUUCGUUUACCACUGGCUGUAAGACGUUUUUUUUAAAAGGGGUGGGGCGAACGGUUGUCACUUUAAAGAUAUACAGAAUCAAAAAGUCUAUUGACUUUGCUCUCAUAUCUUGAAUUCGUUCAAUAUGAAGAUAAAAAAACUUUUGGGUAUCAUACUGCACGGUUCAAAAUAUCGAUAGCAAGCCAAUAAAUAAUAAUAAAAAAAAAA